GAGGGCAGAGCCCAGAGCUGACGGAGGGAGGAGAAGCAGCUUGAGGCAUCGUUAGAUGCACUGCUGAGUCAAGUGGCUGAUCUGAAGAACUCACUGGGGAGUUUCAUUUACAAGUUGGAGAACGAGUAUGACCGGCUGACCUGGCCCUCUGUCCUGGACAGCUUUGCUUUGCUCUCCGGACAGCUGAACACUUUGAACAAGGUCUUGAAGCAUGAAAAGACACCACUGUUCCGUAACCAGGUCAUCAUCCCUCUGGUGCUGUCCCCAGACCGCGAUGAAGAUCUUAUGCGGCAGACUGAAGGACGAGUGCCUGUUUUCAGCCAUGAGGUGGUCCCUGACCAUCUGAGAACCAAGCCCGACCCUGAGGUCGAAGAACAAGAAAAGCAGCUAACCACAGAUGCGGCCCGCAUUGGUGCUGAUGCAGCUCAGAAGCAGAUCCAGGGCUUAAAUAAAAUGUGCUCAAACCUUCUGGAGAAAAUCAGCAAAGAGGAACGGGAAUCGGAGAGUGGAGGUCUCCGGCCAAACAAGCAGACCUUUAACCCUGCAGACACCAAUGCUUUAGUAGCUGCCGUGGCCUUUGGGAAGGGGCUGUCUAACUGGAGACCUUCAGGCAGCAGUGGUCCUGGCCAGCCAGGCCAGCCUGGAGCUGGGACCAUCCUUGCCGGAGCCUCAGGACUGCAGCAGGUGCAGAUGGCAGGAGCUCCAAGCCAGCAGCAGCCGCUGCUCAGUGGCGUACAGAUGGCUCAAGCAGGUCAAACAGGGAAAAUGCCAAGUGGAAUAAAAACCAACAUCAAGUCAGCUUCAAUGCAUCCCUACCAGCGGUGAGUGUGGCUGGCAACCUCCACUCCCCGGAGCCCCUUGCAGAGCUGGGCGGUGUAAUUGCCUUCUUCCCUAAGCUGAACUAGAUGGGUACAAUAAAGAGAACAUGGGCUUUUGGCACCAGACAGAUCCCAGCUCCACCACUGACUGACUGACUGACCUUGGGCAAGUGACUUAAUUUUUCUCAGCCUGUUUUCUUGUUUGUAAAUGGCAAUGAUACCUACCUCAUAGGGAUGUUGUAAGGAUUAAAAAGAGAAAUGAAUGUAAAAUACUUAGUACAGUCUGUGAAAUGACGGGUAUUCAAUAAAUGAUAGUUUCUACA